UCCAAGGUUCAUUUGCCCGCCCAUCUCUCUCUCUCUCCCCUUCGGCGGCCAUCCCCCCGCCUCCUCGCGCGCGCCGCCGGCGAACAACACGGAGGCACCGCGUUGACGUGGGGCGGCCUCCUCGUCCUCCCCCUUUCCCUGUCCCCACCCUACCUCCCCUGCCCUUCUCCGCUGCGCGGCCUCCUCGCGCGCACGGCAGGUUGGUGGGGAGCCAGGGGGGCGACGCGGCCGGCCUCGUUCCGCCGGCUCCAUCAUCUCGGCUCCGAUCGAAUUGGAGGUAUUAAUUCUCCCCCUAUCUCUCGUCCUACUUGACGCCACUUCAUGAGCCGGCGUGUCGGCGUCCGCCUCUGAUGGCUGUGGAUUCUGAAUUUAGUUGAUGCUGGUGCCCAAUGUAUCCACAAAAUCCAUUGUGGGGUUUUCUCCCGGCCAUACAGACCUAGAACGAAGAAUAUACGCAGGUUCGUACUAGAGAUUGUUGCAUCCCAUAGUUGCUGACUUGCUGCUGAGUUUAACUUCUGGACUGGUAGUUUAUGUAGUUUAGAAGGGGAUGGACAUUUUUGGGCAUGGGCUACGUUAGGUGUUUGAGGGGGGAAACUGAUCGUUUUUGUAGGGUUCAUGGUGGCUACUCCAUCAAUGCAAGUGGAAGGAUACUAUGAUUUACUUUUAUUUUGUUUAUGUAACCUAGUACACUUUGAAGAUCAUGCUGCUUAUUUGAGUGGACAUCAUGUUCACUUCUUCAAGUAACCUAUUUAAGUGAUCUUUUUUACUUUUUUUUUUCUUUCAUAUGUAUUACUGCCAAGUGCCAACCAUUGCUGAUUUUACUAUUCCCCUAGAAUGCAUAAAUGCAGACAAUAAAACGCUUGCCGAAAAGUGUUCAUAGCUCCUUGCGCUCAAGCAUUAUUCUGUUUGACCUAUCAAGGGUUGUUGAGGAGCUGGUAUAUAAUAGCAUUGAUGCAAAUGCAAGCAAGAUUGAUAUUUCAGUGAAUGUCAGAGCAUGUUAUGUUAAAGUGGAAGAUGAUGGCUGUGGUAUUACUCGUGAUGAAUUGGUUCAUGUAGGAGAAAAAUAUGCAACAUCCAAGUUUCAUAAUUUCAUGGUUGAUGAGGGACCGAAUUCCACAAAUUUCGGAUUAAAUGGUGAAGCACUCGCAUCACUCUCUGAUAUCUCUGUGGUUGAAGUCAGGACAAAAGCUCGUGGACUACCAAAUUCAUAUUGCAAGAUAAUAAAGGGAUCCAAAUGCUCACAUCUGGGAAUAGAUGAGCAGAGGGAAGCAGUUGGAACCACAGUUACUGUUAGUGAGCUAUUUUACAAUCAACCUGUACGCAGGAAACAAAUGCAAUCUAGUCAUAAAAGAGAACUACAUCAUGUGAAGAAGUGUGCUCUGCGAGUUGCACUCAUUCAUCCGCAAGUUUUACUCAGGCUUUUUGAUAUUGAGAGCGAAGAUGAGUUGCUAUACACGAUUCCUUCACAAUCACCUUUGCCUCUUAUAUCAAACAUUUUUGGGAACAAUAUCUCUAGCUAUCUUCAUGAGAUAGCUACCUCUGACAGGCAUUUAGUUCUUUCAGGGUACAUCUCCAGACCAACAGAUGUAUUCUGUAAUAAGGAUUUCCAGUACUUGUAUAUCAACUCAAGAUUCAUCAGUAAAUGCCCAAUUCACAAUAUGCUCGAUAAUCUGGCAUGUAGUUUUCAAUCUUCUGUAAGGAAUGAGGAAAUUGAUGUUCGGAGUAGGAAGAGGCAGAAGAAUGAAGUCUACCCUGCAUACCUGCUAAACUUGUGCUGUCCUAGAUCAAGCUAUGAUCUACAUUUUGAGCCUUCACAAACUAUUGUGGAAUUCAAGGAUUGGCAAACUGUUAUGUAUUUCUUUGAACAAACUAUCACAAGCUACUGGAAGAAGCAUGCACUGCAACUGCCAGAAGAGUCAAAUCAGGACAUCUUAAGGAAUCAUGAUGUGCAGAAGAAGGAAGAUGUCGCUGACUUGUACCAUACAGACAUGAACUUUGAUACAGGUGCCCCAGCAGUACCUAAAGACAAUUACCUUUCUUUGGAUAUGGAGCCAUCCACAUGGAGUGACUGCUAUGACCAGAUCACUGAUUCAUCCCACAGAGGUGAUUUUGCUAAGAAUGGUCGGAAGUUUGGUCAUAAACAAAUAUGUCCCCCUCAAAGUUAUAGUUAUCAGUGGUUAGAGGAUGGUUCCCUGUUAGAAGACUCUGAUCUUUCCGGUGCUAACCCAACUAUUUGUAAAAAGCAAAAGACAGAAGAUAUAUUCCAUAGGCACGCAUAUUCAGGCAACUUUGGAUUGCUGCAAGAUGCAGAAAUCAAAAUUGGUCCAGAAAUUAAACUCCAUCCCAAUAAACCAGACAGAAUGACCUGUGAUUUUGUGCAAAAGCAAACCAAUAUAGAGGCACGUGUUUCAGGCCGUGAUGGAUUCUAUGUUGAUUUUGAUAGAUUGAAUGAACCAUGUCUACUCGAUGAAAUCUCAGAAACAAUCACUGGCAUUUCUUUCCCUGAAGUGUCACACUUCAAUGAUGGAUUCUAUCCUGAAGAUGUUAGCACCUCUAGGGGUUUCUGUAGCGUCAUGAAAAAGUCCAGCAAAAGGCAAAUGAAUGAUAAUGCCGUUGCCCAGAUGAACUUCCGUGAUAUGCAAGCAGUGUGUGGAAGUGAUUACAUAGAUAGGCCCAUCGAGGAUACAUGUCUUCAUUCCUUUCAUCCAUUCUCUUUGGUUGAUACACCUCACAGUCACAGUCAUGCAAGGGUUGGAUUGGAAUUGCAUGGAAGGUCAAACAAAAGCAUAAAUAAUAGGAACUAUGAAAGUAUCGGCAGUGGUUCUAGAUUUACUUCAGACAGGUUUAAUAUGGAUCCAUCAAUAGUUUUUGAAGAUCAAACACACCUGCAAUCAAAAAAGGAUGCAAAAAUGUCAUAUGAUAUUUCUCCUGAGAAAAGUUCUACUGGAUGUCAUUUGAACAUACCUUUUUCCAAACUGGCAAACGGUAGCAAGUGUAUUGAAGAUCAGUAUGGAUGCAGUCAAAUGCCCAGGCUUUCCAAAGAUAGAUAUAGGAGUCAUUCUGCACCACCAUUUUACAAAGGCAAAAGUAAAUUACCUAGAUUAACUGAACUGCUGACUAAACCGACUAUAGAAGGUGGUAAAGAUAUCACUAUUAAUGACUCAGAAGACACUGCACCUGCUCAGGAGUGUACAUCACAUAUGAAUGCAACUCAGCCUAUUCCUGAGACUUGUAGCAAUGAGUUUUCUGACCUAAAUUUCAGCUUGAAGGGAAAUGUGAAAAUAUGUGAAGAGAAAUUUUCUGGUGAACUUGAUGUUUCUACUGCUUCAGAUGAAAUAACUAAAUGGCGCAACAACUCUGACCAGCAUACAGUUUUGGAGUUGCAACAUGGGCCUUUUGAACGCUAUGAUGAUGUACUUAGCAUUUCUUCUGGGCCCUUACAUCUCUCAUGUAGUGUUCUAGUUCCUGAAUGUAUCGAUAAAAAUUGCUUUGAGGAGGCAAGAGUUUUGUUGCAGCUGGAUAAGAAAUUUAUUCCCGUGAUAUCUGGGGAAGUACUACUCCUUGUUGAUCAGCAUGCAGCUGAUGAAAGGAUACGUUUGGAGGAACUCCGCCGAAAGGUUUUAUCAGACGAUGGCAGAGGGAUCACUUACUUGGAUUCCGAGGAGGACUUAUUUCUCCCUGAGACUGGAUUUCAAUUGUUCCAAAAGUAUAUGCAACAGAUCCAAAAAUGGGGUUGGAUCAUCAACAAUUCUAGCGAUUGCUCUGAAUCAUUCAAAAAGAACAUGAAUGUUCUGAGGAGACAAUCACGCCUUGUUACUCUUGCUGCUGUUCCGUGUAUUUUGGGUGCUGAUCUGACAGGAAAAGAUCUUAUGGACUUUAUUCAGCAGCUUGAUGAUACUGAUGGGUCAUCAGCUAUCCCUCCAGCAGUUAUCCGCAUCCUCAAUUUCAAAGCUUGCAGAGGUGCGAUCAUGUUCGGUGAUCCUCUGCUACCGUCUGAGUGCUCUCUGAUUAUCGAAGAACUGAAAGCAACAUCUCUAUGCUUCCAGUGUGCUCAUGGGCGUCCCACCACCGUGCCGAUUGUGAGCUUGGCAUCUCUCCGCGACGGGCUGGCGAGGCUUGGAACGGUGAGCCGGAGGCAGGCAGAGGCCUGGCACGGUCUCUCGCACAACAAACCCAGCCUUGAACGUGCUCGAACGCGGCUAAAAGAACUGAGAAAGCUACGUGGUGGUCUGUAGCUGUACCUGUACAAGAUAAAGGGUCACACGCAUAGGGUAAAUAAUCCAAAAAAUGAAAAGGGAGAAAUCUUGUGUAGUGCUUGAUGGAAUCAUAGGAAGCGGCUUUGUAGCUUUUAGAGAUAGAUGGCAUUCGUUCCGGAACAAGAGAUUAAAAUGGUCAUAGGGAGCUGUGUUGUAAACUUGUAACCAUUGUCAUUUGUGAAGCCAUCUUCACCCUGUAAAUAUAUGAACACAUUUCUCGCUGUUGUCAGGCCAAAACGCCAAGCAUUGCAUUUUUUUUUCAAUAAAGCAAAAGGUAAGCAGUUUGGACUGCUUUGGAACGCAUGAAUUUUGUAUGAACAAAUUUAAUAUUUGCCAAAUUAA